GCGCUCCCAUCAGUCCGCUGUUUGUGCUGUCGGAGCUCGCCCUGGAGAGGAGAAAGAUGGCGGAGGCCGCGGCUGUUCCCCCGCAUCGGUUUUUCUGUCACUGUUGUAAAGGGGAAGUGAAUCCUAAACUCCCGGAAUUCAUUUGUCCAAGAUGUGAUUCUGGUUUUAUAGAGGAAGUAACAGAAGACUCCAGCCUCCUGGACAGUGGUGCGAAUGGUGUAGAUGAUACAGCCUCACAGUUUGCAGAGCUGUGGCAUCUGCUGUUGGUGGAGCGCCCCUUCACGACAGACAGCGACAGCCCGGACUCAGAGCCACGGUUACCAGGGGGACGUCUGGGCGCGCUUGGUGACCUCGGUGGGUUGGGGACAGGACCUUUUGGGGGGUCAGUCCCAGCUGGUCUUGGGGGGCCUAUGGGGGGACUGCUGGGGUCUGCAGAUCACUGGGGCACACGUUCCCAUCGCGUGCAGAGUCAGAGGAGAUACAGGUCCAGAGGGAGCAGCCGGCCAGACCGCUCACCAGCAGUAGAAGGCAUUGUUCAGCAGUUUCUUGCUGGUCUGUUUGCAAAUUCUGGGGUUCCUGGUUCAUCUCCUCUGUCAUGGACAGGGAUGCUGCAUUCUAAUCCAGGGGACUACGCCUGGGGACAAGGAGGGUUAGAUGCAGUUAUAACACAGUUACUAGGUCAGUUGGAAAACACUGGCCCUCCACCAGCAGAGAGAGAGAAGAUCUCAUCUCUCCCAACAGUCAACAUAACUCAGGAACAAGCAGAUUGCUGUAUGGAAUGCCCGGUGUGCAAAGAGGACUUUGCAUUAGGAGAGCCCGUCAGACAGCUGCCCUGUAACCACUUUUUUCAUUCAGACUGCAUAGUACCAUGGCUGGAAAUGCAUGACACAUGUCCAGUUUGUAGGAAGAGUUUGAAUGGAGACGACAGCAGCAGCCAGUCCCCCUCAGAGCCCCCCUCCCAGUCCACGGACCCCCGCACACAGGAGAGGUGGUCCUUUUGAGACACCCCUCCCCCAUUUCUCCAUCCCAUCCUCACCUCCAGCAUCCAGCAGAGAAAAUACAUCUCACUGUUCUAUCCACCUCCUACAGAAUCACCAACUUGGUCUCAUAAUUUUUUGUUUAUACUUUUACAUAUUUUUAACACCCAUUUACAGAUCCCUAGUAAGGCAGAGUAUGAUCUGCUCUAUGCCUCUUUCAUUAGAAUUGAACAGGAUAAAACACAUUUUCAACUGGACAUCUCUAAGGUCUCCCUCUGUGCCACUUGAAAUGCACUGCUUCAAUACAAAGACUUAUCAUGAUUUGCAUUAUGUGCUCCAGAUUCAGUACAAGAUAUUGUAAUGGGAAAUUUGACUUUUUUUUCCUUUUCAGCAGACAUAAUUAAGUGAAGCCAAUACAUGCCAUGUUUACAAAGGAUGUAAAAAUCAAAGCAAACUGUUCAGAAACGGUCAUUAAUAAUCGUUUUACACUGGAUUCUUCUUUCAUUACCAUUGUUUUGAUUUCUGAAAAUGAAAUCAAAUAAAAUCAAAGGACUUGUUUUAAGAUUUUUGACAUACAAGUGUCAUGGCGAGAGUUUAUGAUUUUUUGUCCUUAAAGCGUGUGGAACGCGCCCAUUAUUGACCGCUGAAACUGAUUUCCUUGUGUAAAUAUGACGUCAUCCCUCUGUUAGCUCUAUUCCUUUGUUUAUCACUGUUUUUGUUUAACAUUUUUAUCACUUUUUUAAUAUAAAAACAAUUAGGAAAACAACUAUGAUUUGCAAAGAAAACUUUAAGAAUGGAGACGCAAAUGUGAAUUAACUGGUUAUUAAACUGUAUAUUAAAUAUAUGAAAAUGUCUAUGAUGUAAUAAUAAAUUGCAAAAAUGUUAUAAGAUUGCA